ACCGAGGGAGGGAGGGAGAGAGAGAGAGAGAGGGGAAGAGCUUUGCUGAACUUUGUGGAACACAAAAGUCACUGCCCCUGAACUACGAGAACGGGCUCUCGCUCUUUCCGGCUCCUUGCGUGCUUUAAAGGCUCCCCGCGCCGAGAACUGCGAGCACACCGAGGCUGCCGAUGGCUCUCAGCGGCAAAGUCGCGCUGGUGACAGGAGCGGCGCAGGGGAUCGGCAGGGCGUUCAGUGAAGAGCUGCUCCGGCAGGGCUGUAAGGUCGUUCUCCUGGAUGUGAACGCAGCUGCCGGUGAAUCCUGUAAGAGUGAAUUGGAUACGGAAUUUGAUAGUUGCAGCACUUUGUUCAUUGCCUGUGACGUGGGAUCUGAAGAACAGUUGAAAUGUGCUUUUACGAAAGCAUUUGAAUGCUUUGGAAGUCUGGAUAUAUUGUGCAAUAAUGCUGGAAUUAACAAUGAGAACAACUGGGAAAAGACGAUCAACGUAAAUUUGACAUCUGUGAUCCGAGGAACGUACUUAGCUUUGGACUACAUGAACAAACAGAAUGGUGGGAAAGGAGGAAUUAUAGUGAACAUAGCCUCUUUAGCAGGUAUAUACCCAGCGCCGCAUGGGCCAGUGUACACAGCCACAAAGCACGGUGUAGUUGGCUUCACCAGGGCAAUAGCAGCCACAUCAAAAUUGGCGGGCUACGGAGUCCGGGUCAACACCAUUUGUCCAGCUUUUGUGGACACUCCCCUGCUUAACUCCGUGAACAGCAAGGAAAUGAUGGGGAAGUAUUACAUGUUCAAGGACACUGUCAAAGAAUUGAUUGAUCACUAUGGUAUAUUAGACCCUUCGUUAAUCGUUCAGGGACUGAUGAAAAUAAUUCAAGAGGAAGACUUGAAUGGAGCAGUAAUGAGAAUAACCAAGACAAAGGGAAUCCACUUUGAAAACUAUGAUUCAGCUCUGAUUCAGCCAGCACUAAAGUAAACUCCCGGCUGUGCCCUGCCGGGAGCGCACUAUCUGAACAGAGAACUCAACGGAGCAAAAAGAACUUUGCUUUGGCACCUAUGCAACUGAUAGUGCACACUUGUUCCUGGGUGUCCUUUCUCUUUGGUUUAAAUUAUUUAUUAAUUAAUUGUGUUAUUGCAGUCCUGAAAUGUAAGAUCGUUGAGGAUUCCUUCAGCUAAUUUUGAUGUAAAUUAAAAGCAGCUUGAUUCUU